AUGCCCAAAGCACGCAAGGAGAAAGUAAGCGCAGUCCAGGUUUUCGGACGUAAGAAAACUGCCACCGCCGUUGCAUACUGCAAGCGUGGCAAGGGAUUGUUGCGUGUGAAUGGUCGUCCGCUGGAACAGAUCGAACCGAAAAUCCUUCGCUACAAGCUGCAGGAGCCGCUGUUGCUGCUGGGCAAGGAAAAAUUCGCCGGUGUUGAUAUCCGCAUUCGCGUGAACGGUGGUGGUCAUGUCGCUCAGAUUUACGCCAUCCGCCAGGCCAUCUCGAAGGCGCUGGUGUCGUUCUACCAGAAGUACGUCGAUGAGGCGUCGCGCAAGGAACUGAAGGACAUCCUCACCCAGUACGAUCGAACGCUGCUGGUUGCGGAUCCGCGUCGUUGCGAACCGAAGAAGUUCGGUGGUCCAGGUGCCCGUGCCCGCUACCAGAAGUCGUACCGUUAAG